AUAUUACCAGUGGCCAGGCUAGCAUCACGGACGACACGGAAGUGAGCCUAGCCAAAAAGUUGAAGAUGAAGAAGAAGAAAGAAAAAUAAAAAAAUACAUCAGCAGCUUCACCGCCAUCUCCAUGUGAUUAAACAAUAUUAUUAGUGAUAAAAUGUUAAUGAACGGUUGGAACAGUCUCGUUUAUGUGUUCGCACCGUUAUUAUUCAUAUUCGGUUUGGUACGAAAGUGUCGCGAACGAACGUGGGGAACGUGCAGAGGUUCGAGUAAUCUUCAGGGACGAGUUUAUCUCGUAACCGGCGCAAAUUCGGGCAUUGGCAAGGAGACCGUCCGCGAGCUCGUCAAACGAAAUGCACGUGUUAUCAUGGCCUGUAGGAACAUUGAUAGCGCGAGAAGCGUCAUGUCGGAAAUCCGUCGGAAAACAACAACCGGCGAAAUGAUUCCCAUGAAAUUGGACUUGGCUUGCCUCGGCUCGAUACGCGAAUUCGCCGAGUCCGUUCUCCGGGAUUUUCCCAAAAUUGAUGCUUUAAUAAACAACGCCGGUGUUUACGUACCCAUGAAAGAUAAAGCGGUGACCAGCGACGGAUUUGAAAUCCAUUUUGGAGUUAAUCAUUUGGGCCACUUUCUUCUCACUAAUUUACUCUUGGAACGUCUUGGGAAAUCUGCGCCCAGCCGGAUAGUUGUGGUGACUUCCAAACUCUUGGAAUCAGGAACGAUCGACUUUGACAAUCUGAACGGCGAAUCAAAAAUACCGACGAAAGGACGAAUGAAUCCCUGCUACUGCAAUUCCAAACUAGCCAAUGCUUAUUUCGCCAUGGAACUGUCAAGGAGAUUACAAAAUUCAGGAAUCUGCGUCUACUCGGUUUGUCCAGGAUUCACGUACACAGGACUUUUCAGAUAUGUCAAGCGAAGCUGGUUUCAUUACGUAGUCUUUUCGCCGUUUGCUCUUCUUUUCCUGCGAACCGCGCAUCAGGGAGCUCAAACGGUGCUUUGCUGCGCGACGGAUCCUUCGCUUUCGGGUGAAAGCGGCCUCUUGUAUCGCGACUGCAAAGUUUAUAAACCCAAGAUAGAAUUGAGCCCUGAAAUCGGUUUGAGGCUUUGGGAAGUUAGUGCCAAACUUGUAGGGUUAAACGAAAAACCUCGUCGUCAAGAUCAUUCGUUGAUGAUUGACGAGUGAAUUAUUAUCAUGCCGAGUUGACAUUAUUUGAAUAAUUACCAUUAAGUCGCGCGGUCUUCAUUUAUCCUCUGGAUAAACAAGAAGCAGCGAAUACGAGUUUUUCUCACACUUACCAAAACUGUGGCGAUUUUCAUGCUAACGUAGGGGAGGGGUGGGGGACAAUACAGGGCGAACUGCUGACCGCUCAGUAAAUUCCGUAUUCUGAGGCAAAGUAACCCGAAAAAAUUCAUUGUUUCUCAAGAAACUCAUAUAAUUGCAAGUUCGAGAGGGUGCAUGAGGAAUCGAUGUACAAAUUACUGAUAGAUGUCCAUUUUUGUUCCGAUUGUCAAAUAUUAAUACCAGAUGACGAAUUCAGUCUUUUAUUCGGUGAGAAAAAUCCAUUGAAAAGCCUGAUCGCUAAUCAUUUGAACUUGUCAAUGAUCGAUUUUCAUCGCAUCUUGGGAAGAGUGGCUACUUAUUUGCUCCGAAAAAAUCAUUCAAGCAGAUUCGUAAAAAAAGGACGGAAAAAGAAUGUUGGGACUCAACAAUAGUGGAAAGGUCAUUGCGUUUUGAUGUAAUUAACUGAAAGUUCAUUUUCCGUAUGAAAAAAAAUUUUGUUUUUCUUUCUUUUUUUUUAUCGCUGCCUUUACGUUUUAUGCAGGAAUAGUACAUUAUAACGUCUGUACACCGAAAAUUGAUAAUUAUAAAUUCCUAUUGCUGCACUUGCAAAUAGGCGGUGACACUACCCCAAAAAUAUUUUUUUUUUUUUUUUCGAAAUUACGGGUAACAAGAAGGAAGAAGUUGGGACUUAAAAAUGCGUGAAUAUAACCCUAUGCUCACCGAUGAAGCUCGUUAAAUUCUUUAAACAGGCCACUUUGCCGAAGAUAAUUCAAAAUCUUUUAAAUGAGACUUUUGCGCAUGGAUUCCGCGUUGUUAUUGAAGUAUCAAUUGGGGAAACAAGUCUCAAGCGUUUACUCAAUAAUUCAAAAGGUCUGCUCGAGUGCUCGUGCUGCUCUAUUUCUUUUAAACUGUUGUUGAUGAAUCGUUGAUAACCGCUUGAAUGCAUGGUAACAACUUUGACAAAAUUGCGGUGGUGGUGGCGGCGGCACAGAUGUGAUGACGAUCCCGCAUAUACGAGAUAUAAAUCACAUUCUUAUUUAUCAUAAAAUUUAAUUUUUUUCUCUUUUCUGAUUUUUGUCAUUAUGAAUACGCUGUUGAAUUGCCGUUGCAAAGUAGGAUUUAUGAAUGGCUGACUUAUUCAAGGUAUUCCUUUCGCGAAUCCGAACAUUUUACAAUCAACGGAUUUUUUAUUAAAAGGUACAGUAAAAGUUAAGUAACGGGCUGUCGAAUAUUUCAACGAAAUAUUAAUGGUAGCAGUUUUGAAAAAACGUCACAAGCAGAACACUUACAAUAAUUAAUUACUUGAACAUUAUUGGAUAAAAAAACUGAUCGCCGCGUGAUGCAUUUUUAUUAAGAGCCUGAGCAGAUUUCGCAUAAAGAAUGAGGGCAUUUCUUGUGCGCCGAUAAAAUACGGCCCUCUCCGAAAAAAAAUACCUUGAAUACCUAGGCACACACAGUAAUAAGACAAAAAUAUACAUGUAUCAACACAUACGUAUGUAUGUAUAUAUCACAAUUAAACUGUCAAUUGCACUAUA